AGAGCAUGGAUCAAGGAUCAAGGAUCAAAGUACACCCUUCAAGAUCACUGUACCUACUGAGGUAGCUCAUCUUCCGCAGUAGUCCGCUGCCUCCUCCUGUGUUUUCCUAGGGACUUGUGCAGAGACUGAAUGAGAAGACAGCUUUGCAGGUACCUGCCGAGAUGAUCCAUUUGCAGAAACCACAGUUGCUGCAGAUGCUGGAAAAGUCCUUGAGAAAGAGCCUUCCUGAGUCCCUAAAGGCUUAUGGAACUAUCUUCCACAUGUAUCAUGGAAACCCAUUCAAUCUAAAGGCCUUGGUGGACAAGUGGCCUGAUUUUAAUACAUUGAUUGUCUGUCCUCAAGAGCAGGAGAUGACUGAUGACUUUGAUCACUAUACCAAUACCUACCAAAUCUAUUCUAAGGAUCCCAAGAAAUGUCAAGAAUUUCUUGCCACAUCAGAUAUAAUCAACUGGAAGCAACAUUUGCAGAUCCAAAGUACACAGUGCAGCCUAGAUGAAGUAAUACAAAAUCUUGCAGCUGCUAAGUCUGUCAAGGUCAAGAGAACACAAUGUCUUCUUUAUAUGAUGCCUAACACAGCCAAGAAACUGGUCCCUUUGCUGCUGGAGACGAUGAACCUCUCUCCUCAACCUGUCAGACCCAAGGCUAUUAAUCAAGAGAUGUUUAAGUGUUCAUCCCUGGGUGUUGUCCAUGCUGCCUUGGUAAAUAAAUUCUGGCAUUUUGGUGGCAAUGAGAGGAGCCAGAGAUUCAUAGAGCGUUGUAUCCGGAACUUCCCCAGCUUCUGUCUGCUGGGACCUGAGGGGAGCCCUGUGUCCUGGUCCCUGAUGGACCACACUGGAGAGGUGAGGAUGGGAGGCACUGUGCCUGAGUACCGAGACCAGGGCCUCAUCUCCUACCUCAUCUGCAUUCAGAUCGAGGCUCUGGACAAGCUUGGCUUUCCUUUAUACAACCACACAGACAAAGCCAACAAAAUUGUACAGAAAAUGAGUCACACCCUGCAUCACGUGCCCAUGCCCUGUGAUUGGAACCAGUGGAACUGUGUGCCUCUGUGAAGCCAGCUCUAAACACAAGGAGUAUUGGGCAGGCUGUGCAUGUUGCUACAGGCGUGGAUGAAUGUGCA